AUGGAGCUGGGAGCGUCCAAGUUUCGACGGGUGGACCUCACAACCGCUCGCAGCGUGGAGGGAGCUGCAGAGUGGCGGCUGCACAACUUGGGGGCCAUGAGGACCUUCUAUGCCACACCAGGCAGACCUCGAGGGGGCUGCGAGUGCGAGCACUUUCAUCUGCCAGGAUUUCCGGAAGUCCAGUUCACUUUCAUGGUCUACCCCCUCGGCAUGGGAGUUGGCCCGGUGGACUCGGCACCUGUGACUUUGGCCUUACAUUUGACCGGCACUGGCUGUGAGGGUGUUGGCUUUGAAGUGGACUUGUCCCUGUCCAUUCAACGGCUGGAUGGUAGUCAGCUGACCCAAGAGGAGCUGGGCUCUGCGCCAUUGGCAGGCGCCGGCCGCGUGAGCUGCGAGAGCCUCUGGCCGGCGGGCGGCGAUGUGCUGGUGGCCAGCUGCCACGUCUUGGCCGCCCCGCCGCCAUGCGGUGACCCAGUGCUCCGGCUUUCGACGACCUGGCGGCCGCCGAUCCACGCCGAGCUGGAUGACGACAUCGAGCGCCUCGAUGGUGAUGACGACGAGUUUGACUAG